CCUCCUCCUUACCCCCCCCUCCCUGUCCGGUCCGGGUUCGCUUGCCUCGUCAGCGUCCGCGUUUUUCCUGGCCCCCCCCAACCCCCCCGGACAGGACCCCCUUGAGCUCGUCCCUCAGCUGCCACCAUGAGCGACCAAGAUCACUCCAUGGAUGAAAUGACAGCUGUGGUGAAGAUUGAGAAAGGAGUUGGUGGCAAUAAUGGGGGCAAUGGUAAUGGUGGUGGUGCCUUUUCUCAGGCUCGAAGCAGCAGCACAGGCAGUAGCAGCAGCAGUGGAGGAGGAGGAGGAGGACAGGAAUCCCAGCCAUCCCCUUUAGCUCUGUUGGCAGCAACUUGCAGCAGAAUUGAAUCACCUAAUGAAAACAGCAACAACUCCCAAGGCCCAAGCCAGUCAGGGGGUACAAGUGAGCUGGACCUCACAGCUACACAACUCUCACAGGGUGCCAAUGGCUGGCAGAUCAUCUCUUCCUCCUCUGGGGCUACUCCUACCUCAAAGGAACAGAGUGGCAGCAGUACCAAUGGCAGCAAUGGCAGUGAGUCUUCCAAGAAUCGUACUGUCUCUGGUGGGCAGUAUGUUGUGGCUGCCACCUCCAACUUACAGAACCAGCAAGUCCUAACAGGACUACCUGGUGUGAUGCCUAAUAUUCAGUAUCAAGUAAUCCCACAGUUCCAGACCGUUGAUGGGCAACAGCUGCAAUUUGCUGCCACUGGGGCCCAAGUGCAGCAGGAUGGUUCUGGUCAAAUACAGAUCAUACCAGGUGCAAACCAACAGAUCAUCACAAAUCGAGGAAGUGGAGGCAACAUCAUUGCUGCUAUGCCAAAUCUGCUCCAGCAGGCUGUCCCCCUUCAAGGCCUGGCUAAUAAUGUCCUCUCAGGACAGACUCAGUAUGUGACCAAUGUACCGGUGGCCCUGAAUGGGAAUAUUACUUUGCUACCCGUUAACAGUGUUUCUGCAGCUACCUUGACUCCUAGCUCUCAGGCAGUCACUAUCAGUAGCUCUGGGUCCCAGGAGAGUGGCUCACAGCCCGUCACCUCAGGGACUGCCAUCAGUUCUGCCAGUUUGGUAUCAUCACAAGCCAGUUCCAGCUCCUUUUUCACCAAUGCCAAUAGCUAUUCAACAACUACUACCACCAGCAACAUGGGAAUUAUGAACUUUACCACCAGCGGAUCAGCAGGGACCAACUCUCAAGGCCAAACACCCCAGAGGGUUAGUGGGCUGCAGGGUUCUGAUGCUCUGAACAUCCAGCAGAACCAGACAUCUGGAGGCUCACUGCAAACAAGUCAGCAAAAAGAAGGAGAGCAAAACCAGCAGUCUCAGCAACAACAACAAAUUCUUAUCCAGCCUCAGCUAGUUCAAGGAGGACAGACCCUCCAGGCCCUUCAAGCAGCACCAUUGUCGGGGCAGACCUUUACAACUCAAGCUAUCUCCCAGGAAACCCUCCAGAAUCUCCAGCUUCAGGCUGUUCCAAACUCUGGUCCCAUCAUCAUCCGGACACCAACAGUAGGGCCCAAUGGACAGGUCAGUUGGCAGACUCUUCAGCUGCAGAACCUGCAAGUUCAGAACCCACAGGCCCAGACAAUCACCUUGGCCCCAAUGCAGGGUGUUUCCCUGGGGCAGACCAGCAGCAGCAAUACUACCCUUACACCCAUUGCCUCAGCUGCCUCUAUCCCUGCGGGCACAGUCACUGUGAAUGCUGCUCAACUCUCCUCCAUGCCUGGCCUCCAGACUAUUAACCUCAGUGCUUUGGGUGCUUCAGGAAUCCAGGUGCACCAGCUUCCAAGCCUGCCAUUGGCUAUAGCAAAUGCCCCAGGUGAUCAUGGAGCUCAGCUCGGCCUCCAUGGGGCCAGUGGUGAUGGAAUACAUGAUGAUGCAGCAGGAGGAGAGGAAGGAGAAAACAGCCCAGAUCCCCAACCCCAGGCUGGUCGGAGGACCCGGCGGGAAGCAUGCACCUGCCCCUACUGUAAAGACAGUGAAGGAAGAGGCUCUGGGGAUCCUGGCAAAAAGAAGCAGCACAUUUGCCACAUUCAAGGCUGUGGCAAAGUAUAUGGCAAGACCUCACACUUAAGAGCACACUUGCGUUGGCAUACAGGAGAGAGGCCAUUCAUGUGUACCUGGUCAUACUGUGGGAAACGUUUCACACGUUCGGAUGAGCUACAGAGGCACAAGCGCACACACACAGGUGAGAAGAAAUUUGCCUGCCCCGAGUGUCCCAAGCGCUUCAUGAGGAGUGACCACCUGUCAAAGCAUAUCAAGACCCACCAGAAUAAGAAGGGAGGCACAGGUGUAGCCCUGAGUGUGGGCACAUUGCCCCUGGACAGUGGGGCAGGUUCAGAAGGCAGUGGUGCUGCCACUUCUUCAGCCCUUAUUACCACCAAUAUGGUAGCCAUGGAGGCCAUCUGUCCAGAGGGUAUUGCUCGUCUUGCCAACAGUGGCAUCAACGUCAUGCAGGUGGCGGAUCUGCAGUCCAUUAAUAUCAGUGGCAAUGGCUUCUGAGAUCAGGCCAGAGACACAUGGGCUAUACCCAUUAACCCUGGGGUGCAAGGUAGCAUGGGUCCAAGAGACAUGUGGGAGAGAGAGCCAUGAGGCAUUAAAAUGCAUGGUGGUGGGAAGAAUUGGGGAGGGAUACAAUAGAAAAGAUGGGGUCCUGGCACUUACCUAUAUCAUCAGUGCCUCCUUGCAGUGGGAAACAUUAGUGAAAAUUCUGUUGAUGCCACCCUUUGAUGAGAAUUUGUUUGACCCCAGUUUCUUCUUAUAUUUCUUACCCAGCCUCCCUGUCCUGCGUUUCCCUUCUCAGCUCCCUCAUGAUGGAUCCCCCCCUUUCCUAAAGCCAUCAUGCCUUGAUAAAUAUAUAUGAUCAUUGAAAUACUUUUUAACAAAAAACAGAUUCUAUAUUAUAUAUAUAUAUAUAUAUAUUAAAAAAGAUAUAUAGAGAUGCAUUUGCAGGGGUUGGCUGGGAGGAGGAAGGAGACCAUUCUGUGACCAAAAUACCUUGGUCAUUUUUUUAUAUUGCCUUAUUUCCUUAUGGCUGAGCCUUAUUGUGACACAUCAAGCUUCUAUAGAUGUUGUCUUGGCUUCCCACUAGAUUAAGCAUCCAUAUGCCCUGCUUUUAGUUUAUAUAUACAUACAUAUUGUUUUUCUUAAUUUUGUCUUUUUAUUUGGGAUCAGCUUCUUGCACUCCUUUCCUGACUCCAUCCUUUCUGUCUCCCUUUCUCUCACCUGAUUAUUUCAUGUUUGUAGAAGUGAUCCCUGGAUGAGGCACUUCUGUGAAUCUUUUAAAUUCUUCCGUACCAGCAGCAGAAUGGAGAAACCUUGAAGCCCAGGAUGAUGCUUGAAGUAACUGUGUGUGGAGAAAGUGUUCAAAAUACUGCUUACUGACGCAGGCACCCUCUUGGUGCUGGAGAGUCAAGGGCACCUCUCCAUCAGCUGCUCUAAGCAUCACGAGUCAGGAGUCUUUCUAUAUAAUUGUACAAGAGAUCCUGUGAAGAUUAUAAUCUGGGAUCAGUUGUAUAAAUUAUCAAAAGAUGGUCAGAUCAUAGGUGGGGGCUUUCAAUAAGAAAAUGAUGUGCUCAGAAACAGAAGUGACUCAGUAGUCCAGUUCAGGAGCUGGUGGAGUAUUUGGACUUCUGUACAUCUGUCUUCCAAGGUGGCUCAAAGCUUUGAUUUUACAUAAGCUUCUGAGUUCACAUUGUGAAAGGAAGUAUGCUUCCUCUUUUGAACAUCCCCAGUAGUGUCUUUCCCAUUAUGUUAUUAAGGAGCAUCAGGCAAUGAAUCUCUUCCAGGUUUCCAUUCUGCAGAACUCCAGAGCAUGGACUAGUGGCAAGACAGUGGUCCUUUGAUCUUUUCCCUUAUCUCUUCCUUGGGUGGUUCCUAAGGAAAAAGGAAGCACAUGAUCGUGGGAACAAUAGCCCAGAACAAAAACCACUGUUGUUUAUGGGAGAGAUUGGGAGAAACCAUCUUUUCUUGGUGGCCUAAUUCCUGAAGAGACUGAUCCAAAAAUUAUAGCGGCAGGGAACUCUUAGUGCAUUUGGCACUGAGAUUUAAAUGCAACCAGAGUUGUCCUCAAGGCCCAGCCAUUAAAACAUCUGCUCUCUUGACCUUCUGGUAUCUUGUCAGAGGGCUUUUCACUGUGAGGAAGUGUGGAAAUGGCUGCGUGUAUGUGUGUAAUCUGUUAGGUUGGGGAUAGGUUUUCUGUUAGCCAUUUACUAAAAGAGACCUGCAAUAAAAAAUUACCCUGAUCUGAUAGUGAA